GAUGUUAAGAAAUCAUUACAGCUAAGUCACAUAUAAAUAUGUAACGAAACAUAAUCGUGGGGGCGCUAUUCCUUUUACAACAAACCAAAAUGCUUUAGAAGAAAUGUGACCCGGAAGAGGAAGUGAAACCUCAGAAUCUGUUGUCGAACCUUAAUGUUCUCUGUUUUUCUUGAAUGAAAUAAUUUCUUUUCAUUUUAAUUAGAUUCGGUUCUUUGUUGGAAUUUCAGACAUCUAGCUGUAUAAAAUAUUUCCUGAAGUUCCCAGUCAUGGAUAGUGAGGUGUCGGACUUCGACCAGGGGCUGGGGGGGGAGAGCGGCAUGGAUGGAGAGAAUGGCGAGAACAGCGAGAAUGCUCCUGUCUACUGCGUCUGCCGUAAGCCAGACAUCAACUGCUUCAUGAUUGGUUGUGACAACUGUAAUGAGUGGUUUCACGGUAACUGCAUUAAUGUCACGGAGAAGAUGGCGAAGGCCAUCCGGGAGUGGUACUGCGAGAAGUGUCGGAGCAAAGAUGGCUCUUUGGAGAUCAAGUACCGUCCCAAGAAGAGCCGUGAGAAGGAGACUGACCAAGAGAGGAUGGAGAAGCAACGUGGUACACCAGAUUUCAAGACAGACAGGCGGCGUGGAUCUCGGAUCAAGCGCUCGGCCCGUAUGUGCGGUGAGUGUGAACCGUGCCGGCGCACAGAGGACUGCGCGCAGUGUGACUUCUGCAAGGACAUGAAGAAGUUUGGGGGUCCCAACAAGAUCCGACAGAAGUGCCGCCUGAGGCAGUGUGAGGUCCGGGCCAGGAAAAUGCUACGGGUUCGAGAUGAGGAGUUCUCCAUGAUGAAGGAGCAGGACUGCUCCCUGCCUAGAGAGCGUCACUUGUCGGAUGAUUAUGACGAACAGGAGCUAGAACUGUACCAACAGUACCGGGCUGCGGGAUACGAGGACCACAAUAUGCCUUGGCUUAGUGAUGAGGAUGACGGACCUUUCCUCGAUCCCGUGCUGCGCAAGAGGGCCGUGAAGGUUAAACACGUAAAGCGGCGAGAGAAGAAGUCAGAGAAGAAGAAGGAGGAGUAUAAGUCACGGCGCCACAAACAGAAGCAGAAACACAGGGACAGAGUGAAGCACAGCGAGAGGGGCGAGCCACGAGACAGCGGAGGCCUACGCCAGUGCCUGGGGCCCGGCUGCGUGGAGGCUGCCAGGACCAACUCCAAGUACUGCUCCGAGGACUGCGGCAUGAAGCUGGCUGCCAACCGCAUCUACGAGAUCCUGCCGCAGCGAAUCCAGCAGUGGCAGCAGAGCCCCUGCAUCGCUGAGGAGCAGGGAAAGAAGCUGCUGGAGCGCAUCCGGCGCGAGCAGCAGUCAGCCCGCCUGCGCCUCACCGACAUGGAGCGGCGCUUCCACGAGCUGGAGAGCACCAUAGUCAAGGCCAAGCAGCAGGUGGUGCAGCAGGACGAGGAGGUGAACGAGGGAGACAGCGACGACACUGACCUGCAGAUCUUCUGCGUCUCCUGCAGCCACCCCAUAAACCCCAAAGUGGCACUUCGCCAUAUGGAGAGAUGCUACGCCAAGUAUGAGAGCCAGACAUCUUUCGGGUCCAUGUAUCCAACGCGGAUUGAAGGCGCAACAAGGCUUUUCUGCGAUGUUUACAACCCUCAGAGCAAAACCUACUGCAAGCGACUGCAGGUCUUGUGCCCAGAACACUCGAGAGACCCCAAGGUGCCUGCUGAUGAGGUAUGCGGGUGUCCCCUUGUCCGCAAUGUUUUCGAGCCCACCAGCGAGUUCUGCAGAGUGUCCAAGCGAAAGUGCAACAAGCACUACUGCUGGGAGAAGCUGAGGAGGGCCGAGGUGGACUUGGAGCGAGUUCGAGUGUGGUACAAGCUGGACGAGCUCUUCGAGCAGGAGCGUAACGUGAGGACAGCCAUGACCAACCGGGCUGGACUCCUGGCUCUCAUGUUGCACCAGACCAUUCAGCACGACCCCCUCACAACUGACCUCCGCAGCAACAAAGACAGAUAGUCCUCCACUAAGAAAGGUCGCUGGAAGAGACCGAUGCUGGGGAGGAACUUUGUUUUUUUAAUGUACCCAGAUCCACACACUGUUUUGUGUCGUCUGUUAUCCUGACCAUUCACCUAAACACGUGCUGCUUUGACAUUAAUGAUUUUACUUUCAUAGAAAACAAGCUGGGAGUUCAAAAGUCAUUAAUUUUGUCAGUGAAAAGAUAAUAAACCCAUAAUAACCUCCCAGCUGUCACAUGACUGUGAAUCAUUAUGUCACUGCAAAACACUGCCCAACAAUAAAUAAGGAGUUUUAAAGCUACUGUCUUUUCUAUGACCUUUUGUGUCCAGUGCACAUUUUUUUUUAAAAGGAUAACUUUGUAAUCAUAUUUUUCUGAUUUCUUUUAAUCUCCCCAAUGUAUACUACAUUAAAGAAAAACAUACAGGGUGCAAAAAUCAAUGUUUUGUAUAAGCAAUGUACUAUUUGGUAGACAUUUUGGAUUAUUUUACUAUUACGUUUAAUUGCCAGGUUGAAAAGACAUGCUGUAAUGAAUAUUGGGGCCUUACAGUAAUGCACAGACAUGCCAGUAAUGAUUUGUUAAGAGUCGAGGUUUUAAAGGAGAGCGUACAUUCCCGGUUUUGUAUGGCCAAGUUUCAACAAACAGUAAACUCUGCAGCUUGGUUAACAAA